AUGAGUUAAGAGACAUUGAAUGGAAUAAAUGGAAUUCUAACAGAUGUUCAAAGCUUUGGAUAAGAAAGCUACAGAUUCAUUAGAAAAUGCACAAAACCAGAUAAAAGAGGUAAAUGAUUGUUAUAAAAUCAUAGAAUACAUAAAAAUUGCAACAUCAUGUGCAAUUGGAUUUGCCGUUAUGGGAGCAGUGGGUUAUUUCAUAAAAUUAGUAUUCAUACCUAUUAAUAAUAUCAUCCUCAGCGCAAAUUGA